CCGUCUUCCCUCGCUUUGCGGAGAGACUUGCUCUAGGUUGCCUGUCCCCGGAAGUGACGGUAAAGGCCCUUCCCCUCAGGAAGUGACAACAGAAGUGCCCUUGACCGGUGCGUAGAGACCCGCUGUGCAUCCCUCCGCUCUCGCUGCAGGGAGAUGGCUCAGCGACUUCUUCUGAGGAGGUUCCUGACCUCCAUAAUCUCCGGGAAGCCCUCUCAGAGUCGGUGGGCACCCCUUGCCUCCAGGGCCCUGCAGACCCCACAGUAUAGUCCUGGUUACCUGGCAGGAACACCCAGCCAAGCCCGGUCUAUAUACACCACCAGAGUCUGUUCAACAACCUUUAACAUCCAGGAUGGACCUGACUUUCAAGACCGAGUUGUCAAUAGUGAGACACCAGUGGUUGUGGAUUUCCAUGCACAGUGGUGUGGUCCCUGCAAGAUCCUGGGGCCCAGGUUAGAGAAGGUGGUGGCCAAGCAGCAUGGAAAGGUGGUGAUGGCCAAAGUGGAUAUCGAUGACCACACAGACCUCGCCCUAGAGUAUGAGGUGUCAGCUGUACCCACUGUACUGGCCAUGAAGAAUGGGGACGUGGUGGACAAGUUUGUGGGGAUCAAGGAUGAAGACCAGCUGGAGGCCUUCCUGAAGAAGCUGAUUGGCUGACAAGCAGGGACGCAUCCUGACUGCCCCUGCCUGCCAGGGCCCCGAGGUCCCGGGGGGACCCCAACAGAACUCACCGCCCCUCUGUGCUGGUCCCUCCCGCCUCCUCCCUCUGUCUGGCCCCUGUGGGCCUGUGCUUUGGAGACCAGGCCUCCAAACAUAGGAGCCUCAAGUGCUCCUGACCUGCUGCCCUCCAGGGUGGCCACCCAAGGAACAGGGCUGCUGCAGAACUGGGGCAGCUGUCUUCCCAGCCGCUCCAUCUGCUCCCUCUGGGGCUUGAGGCCCUGCUCCUGAGAUUCUGGGACAGAGCCCAGGGCCAAACUGCAGUAGGAGCUUCGUCCUGCCUCCCUGCUCCCUUCUGAUCUGAGUCCCGGGGCCUGACUCACCUGCCUCCUGCAUUUUUCUUUCCUGCCGCUGUUUUGUGAAAAGACAAAGAAGGAAAAAAACUCAGACAAGUGAGAGUAAUACAUGUAACUCUCUCAUUUUUUGUAGGUCUGUAAUAAAGAACUUUAUGUGAUCCCUUCCACCUCCUGCGGUGAAGAACAGACCCUGGGCCCACACCCAUCCCCCCCAGAGACACCCCUCCCUCUUUCCUCACAGGCGCCAGAGCAGCGGACAUGUGUUGGGCUAUGGGCAUCCUGCAGACCCUUGACUCUGGAAGGCUCAAGACACUACCCUCCCUCACCAUUAGCUGGCCCUUUGGUUCUCUGAGGCUUCACUGUGAAAAAACUGGACCAAUAAAGCUAGGGUUUGCACUGUC